CGUUUUGCGUAUCUUCCCAAUCUUCUCAAUCCCCCUCUCCUCAAACUCACCCCUAAGUACUAUUUACGGCAGAUUUUUUUUAUUCGGUACGAGGUUGUUUCUUAAUAAAUCUAAUCUAAUAGUUUAAAAUAAUGGAUCACCGAUUUAAUUAAAAAUUAAGGUUAAAUUUUUUUAUUGAAAUUUGUGUAAGAUUUCUCUUAUUUAUUAGAGCGACACGUGACAUCGCUAAUCUAGCUAGAAGCGUUUAUAGAAGUGUCAUAUGAUGGUUUAAGAAGCGUUCAUAGGAGUGUCAUAUGAUGGUUUAAGAGCUUUUGUACGUGGUUUAAUGGAUUUUUAGUAUAUAAUAGUUGAUAGAUAGUUGGAGAAAAAGAAAAAGAAAAAGAUUAAAGGCAAUCUUAUAGUCUAUCUAUUAUAGGCAUGUUAGCUUUAAUAUAGGCUUAUAGAUAGUAGCUCUACUAAGUAUUAAACUUGCUCUAAGAGCAAGGUCAAUAGUUUAGUAGGCUACUGGCUUCAAUAUUUAUCCAGGUCAUUUAUAUAUAGCUAUUAAGAGAGAGAGCUUGUAUAAAAGCAAGGUUAAUAAGAGAGCCUGUUGUUGGCGCUUCAAUUGAUAGCCAUGUUAUCUAUAGUUAACCCUAUAGUCAAUGUGUUCAAUAGAUGUAUUGUAUAACACGAAUAUUUGGAUGGUGUUUGAAUAAACUGAUGGGACGUACGUUGCCCGCCGGAUUGAAAUAGUUUUCCUAUAAAUACGUAUACGCGCAUGUCCAGUAGAACAUAAGUGCAACUGUCUGAGCAGGAGCUCGAGAGCCUUCAGCACCCCACGCACUAUGAGAACCAGCACUGACCCGUCCGGCUCAAUCGAGUCGUUUCACGGCCUCGUACACCUCCGCACGGCGGCGCCAUUGCUGGCUGCAGCUGUGGCGUUAUACAUGCUCAUAGAGCAGCUGUCAUACCACCGCAAGAAGGGGUCCAUGCCAGGGGCGCCGCUCGUCGUGCCGUUCCUCGGUAGCGCCGCGCAUUUGAUCCGCGACCCGGUCGGAUUCUGGGACGUGCAAGCGGCGCUCGCUCGCAAGUCCGGCGCUGGGCUCGCCGCGGACUUUCUCUUCGGCCGGUUCACGGUCUUCAUCCGUGACUCGGAGCUGUCCCACCGCGUGUUCGCCAACGUCCGCGCCGACGCCUUCCACGUCGUCAGCCACCCGUUCGGCAAGAAGCUCUUCGGCGAACACAACCUCGUCUACCUGGUCGGCGAGGAGCACAAGGACCUGCGCCGCCGGAUCGCGCCCAACUUCACGCCGCGCGCGCUCUCCACUUAUGCCGUCAUCCAGCAGCGUGUCAUCAUCUCCCACCUCCGGCGGUGGCUCGACCGGAGUGCUUCCAACGGCGGCAAGGCCGAGCCGAUACGGGUGCCCUGCCGCGACAUGAACCUGGAGACCUCGCAGACGGUGUUCGUGGGGCCGUACCUCACCGAGAAGGCGAGGGAGAGGUUCGACAGGGAUUACAACCUCUUCAACGUCGGUUUCAUAACCUUGCCCGUGGACCUUCCGGGGUUCGCGUUCCGCCGGGCGAGGCUAGCCGGGGCACGGCUGAUGCACACUCUCGGGGACUGCGCACGUCAGAGCAGGCAACGCAUGCUUGGCGGCGGCGAGCCAGAGUGCCUCCUGGACUACUUGAUGCAGGAAACGGUGCGUGAGAUCGACGAGGCCACGGCAGCGGGGCUGCCGCCACCACCGCACACCAGCGACGUGGAGGUCGGCGCCCUCCUGUUCGGCUUCCUCUUCGCGGCGCAGGACGCGUCCACCUCCUCUCUCUGCUGGGCGGUGUCCGCGCUCGACUCCCAUCCGAACGUGCUCGCCCGCGUCCGUGCUGAGGUGGCCGCUCUCUGGUCGCCAGAGUCCGGCGAACCCAUCACCGCCGAGAUGAUGUCGGCGAUGAAAUACACCCAGGCGGUGGCGCGCGAGGUUGUCCGGUACCAUCCACCGGCGACGCUGGUGCCGCACAUCGCCGUCGAGGCGUUCCAGCUGACGGCGCAGUACACUAUACCCAAGGGCACCAUGGUGUUCCCAUCGGUGUACGAGUCGUCGUUCCAAGGGUUCCAAGACGCUGACGCGUUCGACCCGGACCGCUUCUUCUCGGAGGCGCGGAGGGAGGACGUGGUGUACAAGCGCAACUUCCUCGCGUUCGGCGCCGGCCCGCACCAGUGCGUCGGUCAGCGGUACGCGCUCAACCACCUCGUCAUCUUCAUGGCGCUCUUCGUCUCCCUCGUCGACUUCCGGCGUGAGAGGACGGAGGGCUGCGACGUGCCGGUGUACAUGCCGACCAUGGUGCCGAGGGACGGCUGCGUCGUCUACCUCAAGCAGCGCUGAGUCAAGUUGCCAUCGUUCUGAGCUGGUUCCCGUUACCCAGUCCUGCUCCGCUCGGUUUCUUUUCCUCCACCUCCACUGCAUGGGCAUUACGUAUCUCGUUCAUUCUUCAUUGCCCCGCCGCUCCUUUCAUUUCCCCAGUCAUCUCCCUCCAAGGUUCUCUUCGUCAACACAGUUAUUAGUACUCCCUCCGUUUGAAAAUAUUUGACACCGUUGACUUUUUAUUACGUGUUUGACCACUCGUCUUAUUAAAAAAUUUGUUAAAUAUGUAAAACUAUAUGUGAACAUAAAAGUAUAUUUAACAAUAAAUCAAAUGAUAUAAAAAGAAUAAAUAAUUACUUAAAUUUUUUUUAAUAUAACAAAUGAUCAAACACGUAAAAGUCAACGGUGAGUAAUAACAAGCUCUCUACGUCAUGCAUAAUUGCAUGUUCGUGCUUGUACCGUUGUACGUGUAAUAACGUGCAGUUCGCACGAUUGUGUUUGUGGCACGUGUCUUAUAGCUCCCCUUUUAUUAUUGUUACCCACGUCUCACU